AUGAGCAGAGGUUGGACUCACAUGGGCGAGACUUGCAUGUGGUACACUAUGCACGGGCUACGUGAAUACGUAAAAGGACAGGCAACAAAAAGGCCCUCUAACAAGAGACACGUGCAGAACGUUAUGACAGAAAUAGCGACAUGGAGUCGAGGCCGAUCGAAGAGCGAUUCUUGCCGUUUCUGGGAUCAUCGCCAUUGCUGCCAUUUACACAUGCAGAGUGGCUUCUUUUCUGUAACGAGCAAGGAGUAA